AUGGCACCCAGUACGUCCCAGUUGCCAUCGCGGUUUCCAUGCUGGUGCCGAGCAGUCUAUUCAUGGGGAGGAGAGACCACGCGGGACUUGGGCUUCGUGGAGGGUGAUCUGAUUGAAUGUCUCAAUGCGGGAGAUGGGCAGUGGUGGAUGGGGCGGUUGCGCCGUGAUAAGCGCGCGGUUGGACUCUUUCCCUCCAACUUUGUUGAGCUCAUGAGUGAAGACUUUGUCCCCAUCAGCCGUGAUACCAGCCCAAUGGUUCAAGCAGGGUCUUCGCCGAUCAACAAUCCGACAUCCGCACCGAAGAAAGCAAAAACCGUCUUCCGGAAACCAUUCCAAGCGCAUAAGGAAGCCCUUUCUCCAGCCUCGAACCUGGCUCGCAGCAGAUCAAACACCCCAGUCAAGAGUUCCGUUCCACAAACACCCCCUAGAGAUGGUGGUCUCCCCAAAAGCGUGAAACCUCUGCGUACCCAUGCGUCUGUGGUAAAAAACCAGGGCUCUAUGUCAUCUCGUCCUUCGUCUGUCUCCUCCCGUCCUUCCUCGCGCGGUAUUUCGCCCCGCGCAUCCAUGGAACCUGAACGGCCAGCAUCUGCAAUAAUGCCCCGCGGCAGCAUAUCCUCAUCGCGUCCAUCUUCUCGUGAAGUCUCCCCAAUGCUUCGGGAGGCUUCGCCAAUGGCCCACGAAAGCUCUCCGGUGUAUUAUCAAGCCUCCCAGUCGCGUCGUGAAGCGUCUCCGUUGACACCUCGCGCGGCUUCCCCAAUGCCCCAUCGGUCAGUUUCGCCAAUGCCCAAUCGCGCAGUGUCACCAUUACCUUAUAAUGCACCCACUGCGCGAGGCGCGUCUCCAAUGUACUACGACGAGUCCCCUAGACAUCGAGAGGUUUCGCCGAUGCCCCACCGUGCCGUCUCGCCAAUGCCCUACCAUGCGCCACCUACUAUGCCUCACCGAGCGCCCUCUCCUAUGUACUAUGAAGACUCUCCUAGACAUCAACAGGUUUCGCCAAUGCCCCAUCGUUCUGUUUCACCAAUGCCUUACCAUGCGCCACCUACUAUGCAACACCGAGCACCCUCUCCAAUGUACUAUGAUGAGUCUCCGAUGCACCGCGAGGUUUCGCCUAUGCCUCAUCGUGCCAUCUCACCAAUGCCCCAGCACGUCUCGCCGAUGCAGAUGCAAGAACGUGAGGAAUCUCCCCCUCCUCCCCCUCCCCCACCACACCGAGUGGCUGUCAAUCGGCCUCGAUCACACUCCCCUCAGCCGCCUAUGCACGCAUCACAGCAGCCUCAGCGCUUGUUGCGCUCCCCACAACCCCCGAAUCACUCUCGAAUGCCUUCACGCUCUCCUACGCCAUUGAACAUGAACGAUCGUUACGUGAUAUUUUCUCGUACUCCUUCACCUGGCGCAAUGUCAGCACGUUCGGGCAUGUCCGCCCAAUCAGAUGCAAACGGCAACACCCCAUCUCCUCUGAGGGACGCCAUGGAGGAUGUCAUGACUUCGUUGGAAGACAUGGGGUUGUCACGAGAUCAUCCUUCACCAUCACCUCAUCAACCUCCCUCGCCCUCUCCACGCCAAGCUCCUUCACCAUCUCCACCACCGGCAUUCAACAACCCCUGGACUGGCGAUGCGUACGAUGAUAUGGAUGACAGAACGCCCCCAGCUAACAGACGUCGACCAUUGACCUCGCUCGGCUUCGAUGGAAACAAGCAGCCGGCUCGUGGUGAGCUGGUGCACCGCAACAGCGUCUAUUCCCAUGAUCAUAUGGACGGCCCGCCUCAAUUAAACAACUAUGUCCAACGGAUGGAGAGCCGCCUUCGACAGCUAGAAUCUCAAAAUCGCCCGCCCGAGGACGAGGACACGGGAGGGGAUGACAUGCCUCCUCCGCCACCCCCAAAACAUGCCAUUCGUCACAAUUCUAUCCCUGCCCAUUAUCCGCAUCUUAGCGAACGUAGGUCUGGGAAAGAAAUGCGAAAUGAAAGGUUGAACCGUACCUUCACAAGCAAGUCAAGCGCUACGAGCUCUAGUGGAGUGCAAAGCGUCGGGACUAAUCAGACUACAAGUACGGACAAGACGGGCCAGAGCUUGAUGAGUGGGUUUUCCGCUGGGGGCUUUAGUGCGACUAGCGCCGGGAGCUAUGCGAGACGAAAUGGGACAUACCAAAGACCGAACACCGCUAUGGAUACAGUUCGAUCCCGUGGCUUCAGCGAUGCGGGACACAUGGAUAGGCCGGAAUCUCCUAUGACAGGGGUUUCUUAUCACUCUAGCCACAACACAUCUCGCCAGGGCGCAUCGUCGGCUAUCCCGUGGUCAUCCAAUGACAACGAUGUGGGCGACGCGGGCGGAGUAUUUGGUGGUCUUUCUACUCCAAAGAGUAAGAAGCAGGGCUUCUUCAAGAAAAUUUUUGAAUCCGCCAAGACAGGCGCUGCCAGUGCGAGGAGCAGCAUUUCAGUCGGCCAUGGCUCUCCGUCUCCCACGAAGGGUAACAGGGUAGUCGAUGUUGUAUCACCACUCCUCACAUCUCACUCACAUCGCGAUACACCGCGGGAUAGCGAAGUUAACGCAAGCGCCAUUGACUGGGUUCAAGUUCGCCGCGACGUCAAUCGAGCGUCUUCCCCCAGCCGUAACGAGAGAAUUGACCGGGCCGAACGGUGUCAGAUGAUGGACCUCCCUGUUAUAUACGCUGUCGAGGAGUUACAUGAUACCGCAGAGGGUGACGAAAGCAUUGAUGGCUUGCCCAUAACUGACCCUGUGAACUUCAAUUCUGGGAACUUGACCUUGGUCGACAAGAGUGCGCGCUUCAUCAAUAGCGUUCCGCCAACAACAAACCCCGUAAGCCUCGCCCAAGGCUACAUUUGUCGGCCUUAUAAGAGUGAUGUUCAGCGUCUACGCGCAAUCUUCACCUGGGUCAGCGAAAAGAUUGCGUGGGAAGAACCCGUCGAUGGCAUCGAGGUCGACAUGAAAAGAGUUUUGCACGCUAAGCGGGGCAGCCCCCAAGAGAUUGCAAUUCUGGUUAAUGAUAUGUGUGCCGCUGUUGGCCUUCACGCAGAGGUUAUCCAUGGAUUCUUGAAAACACCUGGGAAUGCUCUGGACCUUGACAGCCUCUCCCGCCCCAAUCAUUGGUGGAACGCAGUUCUUGUUGACGGAGAAUGGCGCUUCAUGGAUUGUGCAUUAGCGAGCCCGACCAACCCUCAAAGAAGUCGCUUUGUCACUAUCAACUCUUCCGUGGCAGAAAGCUGGUAUUUCCUCGCAAGGCCACUGGACUUUUGCUAUACCCACAUACCUCUUUAUCCUGAAGAACAGCACAUUUGCCCCCCGGUCUCGCCGGACGUCCUCUUGGCACUCCCAACUGUAUGCCCGCAGUACUUCAAGCUAGGCGCUCAGUUUCCAGAUUAUGAUACCAGUCUGCUCCAGCUUGAAGGCUUGGAAUGCAUGCAAAUCUGUCUUGUAGUUCCCCCGGAUGUCGAAUGCGCUGCUGAAGUGGAGGCUCCCGCGUUCGCGCGUGACAUGGAUGGCGACUGCUUUGAGAGUGGUGAUAUUGUGCGCAAGCGUGCCCUUGUUCAGCCGGACUGGAUCCGCGGCCAGAAACGCAUUACUAUCAAGGCUGUCUUACCAGGCGAUGAAGGGCAGGCUGUACUCAAAGUGUAUGCUGGCAAGAAGGGCCUCAUGCACUCCAGCAAAGACAUCCCCCACCCGCUGGCCCUCGCUCUCCCUAUGUUCCACACUGGAGAAAAUCCACCCUAUGACUUUGUGCUGCGUCAUCCUACACCGCAUGCUCAACGCCAUGACUUGUACAUCAUGCAACCCCAGUGCUCUCGAUUGGCAGUCAACAACACCUUUGUCUUUGCCGUUCGCCAGCACCCCGCUUCUCCCCAGCCCCCGUCCAAGGAUGAGUUCCCAAUGAACGGCCGUGCCUCCCCUUCAGUGUUUAAUCGACCCUCUAGUGCCCUGAGUAUGGUUUCUAGUACUGCUGGCGCAUCGACUGUAUCGAGCAACUCCAAUGAGUUCUCAGCAUCUACUUCUGCCAUCUCUUCCACUCGCUCUGCAAGCGGACGAGACAAACCAGCCAAGCUGGCCAUCCAGUCCCCAUCUGGCAAGAUUAUGCGUCUCAGCCGUAAGGCCGAACACAUGAUAGCCCCGGACAAUCCCUCCGACUCUAUCAGAGAUGCUGCGGCUGAGGGUAGUAUAUGGGAGACAGUCAUCAAGAUUGGUGAGCGUGGAACCUGGCGUGGCCUGGUCCUUGCUGACCGAGUGGCACGCUGGUGUGUCUUUUGCGAGUGGGAGUGUGUUUAA